AUGACUGAACUAAAUUAUGAAAGUUCUAUUUACGAUGAUCAAGAUGUAUUUGCUUCAACCUCAACACAAGCUCCUGUAAUUAGUCCUAUUUACAAUGAUCAAGAUGUAUUUGCUUUAACCUCAACACAAGCUUCUGUAAUUAAUGUAUCUGCUUCAACUUCAACACAAGCUUCUGUAAUUAACACUAUUUGUAAUGAUCAAGAUGUAUCUGCUUCAACCUCAACACAAGCUCCCGUAAUUAACCCUAUUUGUGAUGAUCAAGAUGUAUCUACUUCAACCUCAACACAAGCUCCUGUAAUUAUUUGA